AGCUUUCUGAAAGUUCUUGUCCUUCGUAUCCCUCUUUAAAACCUUAACACCAGCCCACUGGUUUGCUUCCUCAGGUAGAAAAGUAGCCAUUUCUCUCUCUCUCUCUCUCUCUCUCUCUCUACCUCUCUGGUUUGCUCUGUUCUGCUCUGCUUUUGCUGCUGUUGUGAUUUGAUCUUGGGAAAGUGAGUGGGUAUGGGAAGAGCACCUUGCUGUGACAAGGCAAACGUGAAGAGAGGGCCAUGGUCUCCUGAAGAAGACAUCACUCUCAAGACCUACAUCCACAAACAUGGCACCGGUGGCAAUUGGAUUGCUCUUCCACAGAAAGCUGGCCUUAAGCGCUGUGGCAAGAGCUGCCGUCUCAGAUGGCUUAAUUAUCUCAGACCAGACAUCAAGCAUGGAGGUUUUACAGAGGAGGAAGAUAACAUUAUUUGUUCUCUCUACAGUAACAUAGGGAGCAGGUGGUCUGUGAUUGCUUCCCGGCUGCCAGGAAGAACAGACAAUGAUGUGAAGAACUACUGGAACACCAAGUUGAAGAAGAAGCUUCUGGCAGGAGGAGCCAUCACUGGUCUCCAGAGCAGCACCAACACUUACAAUUGCAACAAUAAUCACCAAAACACCCCCAUUAAUCAUCUGAACUUUACCCAAUUUUCCUGCGACCCAAACACCUACGCAGCAUCAUUCUCUGCAGAUGUGAAUCUGAUGAUGAGCAGUAAUCACCAGCAAAUCAUUGAUCCACAGGUUCUGGUUUUGGAAACCCCAGUUCAAGUUUCUGAUUUGGGCGUGAAAGGAAACAGCAGUACUACUAAUUACAGCACUAACAUAUCAUCAUCGUCGUCUUCAUCCUUGGCCGUGGAUAACCGAUAUGGAGGCAGAGAGGAGGAGGAGCUGCUAAUGGACUUUUGCUUCGAGUCCUCGUCCUGUGAUCUUCUAAAUGGGUUUUUUUUUCAAGAAAGAAUCGGAGAAGUGGGUACAGAUUUAGGCUUUUACCAAAGUGUUAGAAACUAAUCGCAUGCACCGGAGAAAAACAUAAUAAAAGGGAGGAUUAUUAUUAGUAUAUUGCAUAUGUUCUUAGAUGUUUCAGUAGGCUGUGUUUGUUCAAUGUAAGUGAAUUUCAGUACAUCAAUUGAAGUAUAUACUUGUUAUAUAUUUUCAU